AUGCAAUACAAAUCAGAAACUCGGGGCUCGUUGUCAUACAACAAGGUGAACAGCAACAUGGGAGUGUUUCCGUCAGAGACUCUGGUGAGGAUAGAGUCUAUGGCGGCAGAAAAUGCGGUGGUUAUAUUCAGCGUGAGCACUUGCUGCAUGUGCCACGCCAUCAAGCGUCUCUUCCGCGGAAUGGGAGUCAGCCCAGCCGUCCACGAGCUCGACCUCCACCCUUACGGCGUCGAUAUCCACCGAGCUCUCCUUCGUCUCCUGGGAUGCUCCAGCGGCGGCGGCGGCGCCACUUCUCCGGGGGCACUUCCGGUCGUUUUCAUCGGAGGGAAGAUGGUAGGAUCAAUGGAGAGAGUGAUGGCUUCACAUAUCAAUGGCUCACUUGUCCCUCUUCUUAAAGAUGCUGGCGCUCUCUGGCUAUGAUCCCAAAGUCCACCUUCUUCUUCUGUGUAUCUUUC